AGGCGAAGUGUUGUGGGGAGAGGAGGGGGUGGGAGCUUCUCUCUCUCCCCCAUAGAGCGCAGCAUGAGCGCUCCGCAGCAAAAGGAUGUGUGAGCAGGCAGCGCGCUACUGUAGGGACGGGGUCCACAAACUGCUGAACAAAGAACAAGCCAAACUUCGAGCCCAGGAAAGCCGCGAGCAGCCGAAACCCGUAGCCGGUCAGGACAGCGAGUCCGCGACGGCAGCGCAGUCCGGAAACAGCGGCGCCCAGCCCGGUGGAAUCGACGGGCUCGUCCGCUGGAUCGUCACCAAAAUGAGCGACAACAAGAACAUCUCCAGCCGGGAGUACGCCUCCAGCAAGGAGGAGGUGGCCGUGGCUCAGGAGCAGUUCUUCGCCCCGGAGCCACGGAGAGGCAUCUCGGUCAUCCUGGAUAUUUUCAGAAGAGCCGACAAAGAUGAUGAUGGAAAGUUGUCUCUGGAUGAGUUCCAGGCUUUCUUCUCUGAUGGCACGCUGAAUGAGGAGGAGCUGGAGAAGCUGUUUCACACCAUCGACUCUGAUAACACUAGUAAUGUAGACACGAAGGAACUCUGUGACUACUUUGCCAAGCACAUGGGAGACUAUGAAGGAGUUCUGGCCUCACUGGAGACGCUGAACCUUUCCAUCCUCAGAGCAAUGGAUUUCACCAAAAGGGUAUAUGAGAGGGGAACUAAUGUGGAACAAUUUGUGACCCGCUUCCUACUGAAGGAAUCGGCCAAUCAGAUCCAGUCUCUCCUGAGCUCUGUGGAAAGUGCGGUGGAUGCGAUUGACGAGCAGCACGGCCAGUCGGGUCAUCAACCUGCCAAAGUGAGUCCACGGAUGCCAGAGAAACGCUAUCAAAACACUGUCCCCGAUUAUCCCCCUAACAACAGAGUGAGUGCCAGAGAGGCCGUCAGGACCAUCAACACAGCUUCAGGAGCUGUGGAGGUGAGAAAAGAAGGUCUCGAGGCUCAGAUCAAUCGCCUGGCUGAGCUGAUCGGACGUCUGGAGAAUAAGACGGUCUGGCUUGAUCUGCACCAGAGGCUAACAGAUACAGAUGCCACCCCGAGCGCAUCCUUGCUGCUGAUUCGCCAGGAGAUGGUGGUAUCCCAGAAGAAGCUUGGCGAGUUUUGCGAGGCUCUGAAGCAGUACCUGAAGAAUGUCUCUGCUCAGAGAGACUGCUUUCAUGUGACUGCGGUUCGUCUGCCAGAUGGUUUGUCCUUCGUCGUCUAUGAGUUCUGGGAUGGAGAAGAAGAGUGGAAGAGGCACCUUCAAUCGGCUCCCAACAAAGCCUUUCAGCAUGUGAAGGUGGACACACUGUGCCAGCCUGAGGCCAUCUCCUCUGUAGCGGUGCCAGCCGCCUGGUGCAGCGUGAACAGGGAUUGAGCAUGAAGAUGGUUCGACUACACGCCAAGACUUCUCCUGGACACCUUCCACUUCUUCUUUUACUCCCUCCUCCAACCCGUUUACCCCCCACCCCCUCUUUAUUCCUCAACUCCUUUUGUAAGUACAUGUUUACAUAGUACAAAGGACGGGCAUCAUCCGCAGUGAAAAUUGAAUAAACGGUGCAUUUAACAACAUGAGUAAACAAAAAAAAACUGUUUGCAUUGGGAUGAUUUUGAUGUUUAAAGUAGCUCUGAGCCACUUUGAGGUGGAGUUUAUGUAGCAAGGAAUAUGAGGUUGUUAGUCAUGUAGCAAAUUCCGCAUUUCAGUUUUCCCAUCUAGAAAUGUUAUUUUUUUACACUUUAAGUUGGUUUCACCAUAAACUGCUUAUCCCUGUAAAUUUCAUUAACAAGUUGCUGCUAUUUCUACGUUUCUGAAGACAUUACCCUCACCUCGGCCAUUUUAAGUUCACAGUGAACAAAUUAGGACCAUCAGCAGCUAUAAAUGUCAAUUUAGUUUGCAAUCUCAGGAAAAAUGCAAACCUCUGACAGCUGCUUCACUAGCUUAUGCAACAGAGCUGGAAAUAAUUUAGUUUUCUCAUACUAUAAAAAUGAAAUUAGGACGGAAGAAAAUCUGACUUUAGCAGCUCCCAACAGGCGCACUUCUCAUUCAGGUAGAGUUGAUUUUUAUUAAUCUUUUUUAUAUAUUUUUCCGAUAUGAAAUUUGUGUUCAAUUUAUGUUAAGUACUGAUAAUGGAAAGUCGUGACCAGUUGUGUCUUGAGCUACAAAUACCACACACAAAAACCUUCCAGAACGAUCGACCUAUGUCGAUCUUUAACUAAAUAAAGCAGCAAACUAACCGGGACAGAAUUUACUUUCAUGCAUGCAGCAUGUCAUAUUUUCUUGACCCUCCAAACUGUUGCUACAUAUUUUCCUUGGCUUUAAGGCAGCAUUGUGCUAGUUUUGACCCAAGUAUCAGCUUAACUUGAGAUAUUGUAAAUAAUUUUUCAGGUCAAUAUACAGCACUUGGCAUAUAUCAAUGCUACGUGCGGAUUGUCCU